AUGGGAAAAAAGACUGUUUUGAUUCUUACAUUUAUUAGCUAUGCGUAAAUGCAUGCAGCCAGAACUCUAUGGUCAUACAUGCAAAAAUAUUUAACUAUUGAGGACUACAAUAAAAAUAAAAUGGGUUAAGCAUAUUUGACAUUCUUAUUAACCUAUGGAAUAGGGAUGAAUACAAUAGGUCCAAUGUGUUGCAAAAACAGUUUGAAACAUUCCAUAGGAAUUAGUUGUAUGGCUGUUGGUAUGUUGUUUGCGAUCCUUGGAAUAUUACAAGAGUUUCAACUCUUAACCUUCCCCUUGGUCAUAGUCUUAAUGGCUAUUAAUGGCCUUAUCCAAUCUGCAUGCUACCCUGCAUGUGUGAACGUAUUGGGCAAUUGGUUUAAGAACCACAAGGUAGGCCUAAUGAUGGGUUUAUGGUCAGGUUGCGUAAAUGCGGGGGAUAUUUAUGGAUUAAUAAUUGGUGAUGUUGUCAUUUAAAGACUUGAAAUGCCCGUUUAUUGGGGCUUUUACUUUAUGUCCUGCUGUCUAAUCCUAGUUAGUGUGGUCACAUUAUCUUUCUUAUAGAGCGAACCGAGAAAUCAAAUUUAAGGUAUGAACGAAUCUGAAUCUGCCCCUCUAAUAUUGAAAUAGAAAAAUAAAAAUUUAAAUAUUCUAUCAGCAUGGAUGGUUCCUGGAGUAGCCAUUUAUGCAGUAGGCUACGCUUGUCUUAAGGGAACUUUUUAUGGGUUCCUGGAUUGGUUACCUUUCUAUUUUUAACAAAAGGGAGAGAAGCUCGAAAACCAUUCCUCAUAUAUUUCUUAAAUGUUUGAUGUCGGUUGCUAUGUCGGAGGAAUCUUUCUAGGAUACUUGGGCGAUAAAUAUAAGCGACGUGCCUGUUAUUUUGUACCCAGUUUGUUAUUGGCUAUGUGUUCAAUGUUGGUGAUUAGAUUUUGGUUGGACUUAAUAGUCUGGCCCUACUAUCUUUGUAUCUUGGCUAUAGGUAUAUUCCAAGGAGGACCUUACAACAAUAUAUCUGGAGUCAUCUCUAUUGAACUUACUAAGUAGUUUGAAAACGAUAAGGCUGCCAUUUCCACUGUUUCAUCAUUGAUUGAAAGCACUGGAACUCUUACAGCUGCAAUGUUUCAGAUCAUCAUCCCAAGGAUUGGUGACGAACAUUUAUUUACAUUUUUAUGUCUCAUUACAUUACUAGCGGAAUUUGUUUGCUGUGUCCUCUUAUUCAGAGAACUAAAAUCUAAAAAAAGAUCAAAAUGA